AUGAGCAUUAAAAAACCUGAGAAGCAAUACUACUUAAGUCCUUUUCCAAAAGAUGUUAUUGGAUUAAUUGCAUCUAGUUGUGUUCAAAAAUUCCAAGGUGCAUAUACUUUAGAAUUGUAAUAAAAAUAAAACAGAUCACUAUAGGAUGAAUUAAUUUAUAGGUAUUUUAAAAGCAGGGCUCCUCCUUAUGAAUUAAGCGAGGCUGAGAGGGAUGAAUUAGAAAAGUUUGAUGGAAAUGAAUACCAUUUAUGUGAAUAUCGGGGAUAGCAGUUCUUAAAGAAAUAUUUUCACCCUGAAGUGUUAAAGUUCAAUGAAUGCAUUGAGAUUUGCGAUAUUGAGAAUGCUUCAAAUUAUAAGGGAUUGUUAAUUCUCAAACGAUCAAUGUGCAGAAGGAAAUGUGAAGACAAAAUGGAUCUUACAUUAAAGGAAUACAUGAGAGAUGGGAAAUUCCCGAAGAUGGAAGAAAUCUUGAAAAUGUGA